AAAAUGACAAAUUUCCAAAUGUGAAUGAUAGAGAAGAAGCACAAGUAUUAGGAAUCAUGGAACAAACAAAUUCAACAGUUUUUGUUUCAACAGAGGAAACUGAAAUUGAACAAAGAUUAAAAUCAACGACUUCAUUACAACCAACUGAAUCUUUUGCAACGGUUAGAACUCCAUCAACACCGUUUACUGAAUUAAAUGAAUUUAAAUAUGAAGAAAAAAUUGAACAAUCAUCAGAAGCUCAAAUGAACAAUGAAACUAUGAAUGAGGACAUUCCAGAUGAUUUACUUAAGUCAACAGAUGGAGAUGUUGAAAUGAUGGAAAUUGAUAAAAAUGAUAAGAUUGAAGAACCAAUACCUUCACAACUUCAAGUAACUACAAUAGAUUUACCUAAGCAUGAACAAAUAAGAAGGCUUACGAAGGAAAAUGUUUCACCCAUAGACUCCGAAGCUACACCACGUGAAGAUACAAAUAUGGAGGUAGAUGAGUCAACAAAUGAAACAUCAAACUUUCAAGAUUCGACAAAAAACCUGCAGAAUGACCGUUAUGUAACUUCACCGGGAGCGAUUACCGAAGAGAGAGAAUCUGAAAAAGGAGAAAAUUUCGAAGCAACUGGAGCAGAUGGAGGAGAAUCAGAGGAAGUUAUUGGAUCUCCUGAUGAACAAAAUGAAUCAGAUAAUGAUAAAACUUCUAUAACGGAGAUUGAGAUGCAAGAAAAUAGACCAAAUCUAACAUUGGAUACUAUCAAAAGUGAAGGAUCCUCAGAUACUACGGAACCUGCAGGAUCUUUUUGUGAAGAAGAACCUGUUGAAAGUUCUAAGACGGAAAUAUCAGAAAUUAAGCAUGAAACUAUUUAUGAUGAUAACAUGCAAAUGGUAGAUUCGCAAUCACUAAAUGAGGAAAAUGAAGAAAUGACGUCAACAACAUCCCAAACUGAGUUUAAAGAGCAACUUUCACCAUCAGUAACAACGUCUACCCACCACAUGGAUACAAUUACAAAUUCUAGUCCAGGCGAUGGUAAUUAUGCAGUUCACGAAAGUGAGACUAUCUCAGGAGCCGACGCAUCUGAAAAUGACAAAAAGCAAAAGACCUGGUUAAAACUAGCCAUGAUGAUGUUACAUGAAAUUGGCAAUCAUAAAUUUGCUAGUGUCUUCCAAAACCCAAUAAAAGAGCAAGAUGCACCAGGAUAUUAUAGUAUUGUCAAACAACCGAUGGAUUUGAAAACUUUGAAGAAACGUUUGCGCGAUGGAGUUAUUCAAGACACAGAUCAAUUCCAUCGAGAUCUUAUGCUAAUGUUUAUGAAUGCAUCAGUAUUCAACCGAGAAGGGGAUAUUAAUAAAAUGGCAUCACAAAUGAAAGAACACGCCGAGAAUCUAAUUCAAGGAUUUAGAAGUGAAGGUUCAGUCGGAAUACAUGAACCUGCAACACGAAGAAAGAGCAUGGCUUUUGAAGAAGCGAUCAUAAUUCCAAAGGAUGACCGACGGAAUUCUACAGACAAGUCUGGUACAGGUUCUUCGCGCCACGGGACUACAUCCCAAUCGCCGGUUGAAAC